AUGGAGAAGAAAUAUCCAGCGAUUGCAGGAAGAGAAAGAGGGCCAGGUCCUGGUCGCUAUGGGCUUCCUCCAACCAUCGGAUUUAUUGGCCAUGACUUCACCAAAGCAACCAGCCCUGCCUACUCUUUCCAUGGCAAGAUGAGCGACAACAUGUAUUGUGUUGACUCCAGUCCGGGGCCUCGUUACCAUGUUGAUGCAAAGAUCACUCGCUUUGGUAAAGAUGGCACGCCCUCGUACUCCAUGUUGGGCAGAAUGAAAGAACAGAGUAAGUUUCUACCCCUGCAUUAGGAGCUCUUGCGGACACCAGGACCGGGGGCCUACAGUCCUGAGAAAGCUUCGCCAUGCAACGUCCAGCGUAGACCUCCUUCCUACACAAUGGGCUCCCGCACACUCUACCGCAGCGUCGACUCAGUACCUGCUCCUAACAAGUAUUGCCUCCCUCCACUCAUGGGCCCUCAAGUCCCAAACAAGCCAGCCAGUGCAAGCUACACACUGUUGGGUACUUACAGCACAGGAGGACCAUCUGUGGAUUUGGCCAAGACGCCCGGGCCUUGCAGGUACAACAGCACGGACCCAGGUGUGUAUUUAAACCGACAGCCUGCGUAUUCCAUGCUGGGACGACACAGUUUACCCAGAGACACCACCAAGAAGCCUGGUCCUGGAACUUACAACCCAGAGAAAGUGACAGUUCACAAGGCCCGGGCGCCGGCCUUCUCUCUGGGCAUCAGACACUCCGAAUUUGUCACCCCACUGGUUGUCCACAUUUCUGACUGA